AAAAUCUCAAAUCAGGGUCUUCUUCCGGUUUUGGUCGUGGUCUUGACAGGACACCUUUUGCCAAAAUGGCCCCGGACGGCGUGGAAAGUAGGGUAUUUAUCCCAAAACAGUUUCCUGAUCUGGAACAGCACUCUAUGCGAACUGCCUGAUUGAGUUAUCGGAUGCUUUACGCGAUAUCCCUGGACGUGAUGCCCAAUCAACGACUGGUAUCAUACCUCGGCGCAUAAACUCAGCAUCUGUACGACGAACAACCACCCUACAAAAUGGUUGACCUUCUCCUCACUUCGUUUCUCCCCCAUCCGACAAGUUUAUUGGUUGUAGUGCCACGCCAAUCAUCACAGUACCAUGUCCUCUCCUCCGGCUCCCGCAGCAGUCUCAUCGUCUGAGCAGACUCCUCAGACAUCGCUGUCAGUUGCAGACGCAAAUACCCCAGAACAACCACUUGAGUCGGCUGCUCCCCACCAAUCUGAACAAGAACCAGUGAUCGACGAUGAUUCUGCCUUGAGCGCUGGAGUGUAUGGCCUCUUCGGGAGAAUGACUUUGAACCAUAGCUGACGUCAACAGCGACUCAUCGACGGCUUCUGUUGCUUCAAGUAUCUUGGAAUAUCGAAAGUUCAAGGGAAGGUCAUAUCAUUCUACCUACCAUGACAGUAAUUAUCCGAUUCCCACUGACGAACGAACUCUUGAGAACUUUGAUCUGAUGCACCACUUCUUGACGCUGCUCACUGACGAUAAGCUGUAUCUGGCACCUGUAAAGGACGAUGUUCAGAAAGUACUUGAUGUUGGAACAGGAACAGGGAUUUGGGCGAUAGACUAUGCUGAUGAGCACCCAAAUACCGCUGUCAUCGGUACCGAUUUAUCCGCCGUGCAGCCAGACUGGGUGCCCCCUAAUCUAAAGUUCGAGAUCGAUGACUGCACCAAGCCCUGGACCUGGGACGCAAACACCUUUGACUUUGUGCAUAUGCGUUACUUGUUUGGUGCUAUUAGAGACUGGACCGCUCUCUUCAAAGAGGCUUACAAUGCAGUCAAGCCAGGAGGUUGGGUCGAGUCCUGCGAGUCCGAGCCCAUGACACAUAGCGACGAUGGAACCGUGACAAAUGAUGGAUCAACUGCGCUGGGAGGAACAUGGGAUAAGAUGUUUAUUGAGGGAGGCAAAGCCACAGGAUGCUCUUUGUCUGUCCUCACAGAAGAUCUCCAGAUGAAGGCUAUGAAAGAAGCUGGCUUCGUGGAUAUCCGGGAAACCUUCUACAAGAUACCAUUCGGCUCAUGGCCUAAAGACCCUAAGAUGGCGGAGAUCGGACAGUACGCGAAGCUCAGCCUGGAAUCUGACCUUGUUGGAUACUCACAAAUGAUUUGGCAUGAAGUUCUGAAGUGGCCAGCUGAAGAGUAUCAGAUUUUCCUGAUGCAGGUACGAAAGGAUCUUCGGAACAAGAAACUCCACCCUUACUUCAAAGUUCGCUUUGUCUGGGGCCGGAAGCCUGAGUCCGAAAAUAAGUGAGCGUCUCAGAAUUAUCUGGAAGGGAAUGUUGGUUUCGAGGAAUUGAAGUUGCACAUGGCGAUACAUAUUGGACCAUCAGGGGGGCAAGAAAACUUAGGACCUUGCCUCUAAGUGACUAAAAGACAUAGUAGAAAGACACCUAAGAUUAGGGGUCUUACUACUAACUUUAGUGUAGCAUCCUCGUCUAACGUCCCCCAUUUUCUUGCUCCCUGAGGGCAUCUGGAUUAGAAAGCCGACUACGGUUUUUACAGAUUACAGCCUCACAUUUUCCUGGCAC